AUGAAAACCUCAUUCAUUACAUUCGCAGUUGUAUUGCUUGGCACUUGUUUGGAUUUGACCACUGCUGCUGCCUGUGACAAGACCACUCGGGUUGAUCGCUGUGAUAACCAGGAAUGCACCUAUCAAAACUUCAACGUUAGCCACGUUCCUGAUCCUCGCAAGGACACAAAGUGGGAUUACUAUAGCUUCUCAUGCGCAAAACCCGAGGAUCCUUCCAAGUGUGAAGGUAUCAAGCAGGAAGAUGAAUGCGUUGCAUCCCAAUGCGCUUGGCACGCAUACUAUGAAAAGAAGUACAAGAGCGAUGAAUACAAAACCUUUACAUUUUGCUUGGAGAAGGUUGAAUGCAGUGAUGUUUGGAAGAACAAGGACGUUUGCGACGAAUUGGAUAACUGCAAAUUCGACGAUGAGUGGGGCUGCAUUUACAAAUAA